AUGUACGCAGAGCUUUUGUUCUUGUACCUGGACGUUGUAGACAGGGACGACAAUAAUCCACUGACGGUUCCAAAAGUCCUGCGGGUGUUUGAAUGGAAGAUGAAGGACGGGAAGGAUGCCAGGGCCUUAGGCAGGAUAUUGGCCCGGAGGAGGGCCACACGACAGCUAAGGGCCCGGGGUGCUGGCGAGGAUUGCAACAUAUCAGAUGAUCCUAUCCAACUACGGGCUGCCAUUGAACCCCGCAGAAUCGUGGCCGGGCUGUCAUUCGUGUAUCGGGUGUUCGACACCAUAUGGACGUGGUCACAGAACAACCCCAGAACGCCAGCAUGGGACAACAUGCUGGAGUUCAGCAGGGAACUCCUCCUUGAGUCGUGUGCUCCCAGCAUGGUCCACAUCCCUAUGGCCGAGGAAAACCGCAAGCAGUUCGUGAAGAUGCUACAGAACAGCCGAGCCCAGGGUCUCUUAUAG